AUGGCUCGCCGUAUUGUGACUGUCGAGCCGGCUAGCGGGCGCGGCGAGACUGUGGUCAUCGAGGUGCAGCAAGAAGGCGCUCACGAACUCGAUGUUCGGCUUGUUGGAUGUGAAGGCGAGAAUCCGUAUGUGGUCAACAUCAAACAAAGCCAGCUUCCAAAACUGAAACACAAGUUCAAGGGCACCAAUGCAGAGUGGGAGGCCGUCCUGGCUCACUUUCUGCUGCAGAAACAGCUGGGGCCAGACCAAGCCAAUUUAUUGGAAGGUGUUCGCAUGGUCCACACCUUGAACAAGGGCGAUCUCGAGGUCUCUAUCCGGCAAGAUGUCCAAGGAAUCAAGGUGACUUGGGGUGAGAUCGUGUUGCCCAGAGAUGAUGAGUUCGAGUUCAACCCAUUUGAGUGGGCGCAAGCAUCAGCCCAGGCUCAUUCACAGACAUUGCAGGAGCUGGCCGAAGUAAAGGCGCGGAUCGAUAGCGAGAAGGACACCAUCACCAAGCUCAAUGCCCAACUGGAUGACUUCAUCAAAACGAAAAAUGAGGCUGAGACAGCAAUGUUGCAGCAGUUCAUGGAGCUGCUCAACGAGAAGAAGAGAAAGAUCAGAGAUCAAAGCCGUCUGCUAGCUGGAGCCAAAGUCGACAAGCCUACAGGUGCGCAUUUCCCCUGCACUACCAGCAGCCAGCUAACGCAAUAUUCUGUAGCACUCGCCAUACAAUCAGCUAGAACAGAGACGCCGCGCAAAGCAGGCCCAUCUCGAACUUCCAAGCGCAAAGCGCCCACAAGAGCUUCCACAGCGGCACAGGAGCAAGAUUCGGAUAGUGACCAGAUGGAUAUCAAGCAAGCCAAAGUCGAGGAACAAAACGACGUUGAAGACGUGCCUAGUCCAGCCACACCAGAUCGUGGGUCUGAUGCUGAAACGGAGUCCGAGGACGAGGCUUCUGACAGCGGCCCAAGAGGCGGGUCAUCUGAGACGCUCAAGUCGGCUUCAACGGUCGCACAGCCCACAAAAGAAGCUGCCCCGUCAAAUGACGGGCCGCCACCACCGCGCUCCCUACCGUUUGGCAGAGCAGGCACACGAAGCAAAGGCCCGGUUGAGAAGCCUCCACCACCGCCGCCUGCGGACGAUGACGACGACGAGACUGACGACGAGGAGCUUUGA